AUAGGGGGACGUCAUCCCUCUAUAGGCAGGGUGUAAAAUGGCAGCAAACACCACAGGGCUUGCAGGAGAGUACUCUAUCUACAAGCGUGUUGUUAAAGCCUGACUGGUUCCUGUCAGGUCAAUUCAGAAGCCAGAGGGGAACACUGAUGACUGGUCCAAAAGAAAAGAAAAGAAAAAAAGGAGAAAGAAAAAUCUGAGGGACCCUGGGCCCCCAGUUGCAGGAGGACUGACCCCAGGUCGUCCAAACACAAUUUCAGCUAAGAGAAGCAAUCCAGAGAUGAAAGUCAGCAAAGGGCUCAACCACAGCCAUGAAGGCCGUGGGUGGGGGCUGUCCCCCCAUUUCUAGGAACACCAGAAGAUUUGCGGGAGCUCAAUGGUCAAUUCCUCCAGUUCAGAGAGAAACAGUUAAGCUGACCAGAAUGGGGGAAUUCACCAAUUGAAGACGGUGGUGUGCAUAGAGAUCACGCUCAGGCAGAUGGGACACGUGGUUGUUAUGGAAAAAAUACCGGGGUCUGGAUCCCGACCCCAGGAGAGGGGCUCGGGGAAGGAGAGCCUCCGAGUUUCAGCACCAAUGAGAUUACCUGAUGCGAGUAAGAAGGAAACACAGAACACAAGCCCACUCAGGAGUUUAUUAGAAGGGGUGUGUUCAGGCCUGGGAAAGUCAGUGUGCAGAGAGAGAACUGAAGAUGGUACCUCCAGCUUUUAAGGGCUGCAUAGCGCAUGCGCAAAGGGGGAUGGCGUGGUUACAUCAUACACAGAUGGAGCUCACGCAUGUUCGCAAGGGCUCACACAGCUGGGUCAUACUAGAUGAUGCAACCAUGUUGCACGUGGGUUACGGGGGUCCUUUAAGAUUCCCGGGGCCUCUAGGCACUUCUGCCCGGGGACUUGUCUGCACAUGCAUGGCCCUGGAACCUGGAAGUGAAUCACUACAGUGGGAACUUAGGCAAACAUCUCAUCCUUCCAUCCUCACGGAGUUCUUGUAACAUAGGGUACACUGCACAGGAAACACACUGAAGGGUCGUGUCCAAGGUCACAUACACUAAAGGAGAUGUGAGUGUCGUAACUGACUUUAGACACUGCUUUCACCACGUCCCUGUGGGCUAAAAACGCCUACGGACACAGCAGGGCCGUGUUGACACUCGCAGGCAGCUAAACGCCGAGAAUCCUUCCUAAUUUCACGUGGUCAUUUAUCCCAAAAUACUCACUGCGCACCUCUUAUGUGACAAGGGGACCCGAGGCCCACAGCCGAGGGCUGGGUGGGGAGUGAGAGGGCCGCAGGUGACAGACCCGGGCGGCACAGGGACAGGAGAGGACAGUCCCGCUUCUCGCCGCCGCCACCAGAGGGCGCUCGCCGCGCCACCCCGCGUCGUGGCCACCUGACCCCGCCCGAGCCAGGCGCCCUAGGCGCCGCAGAGGUCAAGGGCAGCGCCCGCGAGCCCCGGGGCCCUAGGGACAGCACGGGCGCCCUGGGCCCCUCAAGGAGAAGGCGUCCUCGGGCUCACAAACGCUCCCUCCUCGGGACGGCCGGCUUCCGGUCCUGCCAGCGGAAGCGGCGCCGCGUCCAAUCGGGUCCUUCUGCCCUUUCCAGGCUCGCGCGCGGGGGGCGCCCCGCAGCACUGGGGAUCGGCGCGCGCGCACUGCGGCGUGCACUCUGACCCGGAGACGACCCCUCCCUCGGCGUGAACAUGGCGCUGUCCAGGGUGUGCUGGUCUCGGGCUGCUCUGUGGGGCUCUGCCGUCGCCCCUGGACCCUUUGUCACCCGGCGGCUGCAGCUGGGUCGCUCUGGUUCUGCGUGGCGGGCCCCUCGGUCUUCAAAGCUUCAUCUCUCUCCCAAGGCAGACGUGAAGAAUUUGAUUUCUUACGUGGUGACCAAGACAAGAGCGAUUAAUGGAACAUACCAUCGUUUCUUGGGUCGUCAUUUCCCCCGCUUCUAUGCCUUAUACACAGUCUUCAUGAAAGGAAUACAGAUGUUAUGGGCUGAUGCCAAAAAGGCUAGAAGAAUAAAGGCAAAUAUGUGGAAGCACAAUGUAAAGUUUCAUCAACUUUCUUACCGGGAGAUGGAGCAUUUGAGACAGUUCCGUCGCGAUGUCACCAAGUGUCUUUUCGUAGGUGUCAUUUCCAUCCCACCCUUUGCCAACUACUUGGUCUUCCUGCUAAUGUAUCUGUUUCCUAGGCAACUGCUUGUCAAGCAUUUCUGGACCCCCAAACAACAAAUUGAUUUCUUAGACAUAUAUCACAGUCUCCGGAAGCAGUCCCACUCAGAAAUCAUUGCUUAUCUAGAAAGGGCCAGCGCACUGGUUUCUGAUGAGAGGCUUCGCUGGCAUCUGACAGACGUGUGCACCAAGGUGCAGAACGGUACCCACCCAACAGCCCAUGACAUCCUGGCUCUCAGAGAAUGCUUCUCAACUUAUCCCCUGGGCUUGAAUCAACUCCAGGCUCUGCAAAUGAAAGCCUUGAGCCGGGCCCUGCUCCUUACGCCUUACCUGCCUCCGCCCUUGUUGAGAUGGCGCCUAAAGAGUCAUACCACAGUGAUUCACCAGCUGGACAGGGCUCUGGCAAAGCUGGGGAUUGGCCAGCUGACUGCUCAGGAGGUGAAAUCGGCUUGCUAUCUUCGUGGCUUGAAUUCUACCCACAUUGCUGAUGACAGGUGUCGGGCUUGGCUGGGAGAAUGGUUGCAGAUUUCCUGCAGCCUAAAAGAAGCUGAGCUGUCCCUCUUGCUGCACAACGUGGUCCUGCUUUCCACCAACUACCUUGAGACCAGGCGCUGAGUGAACCAUGGAGAGAAUGACACUGUCCUGCAGUCACAUAGUAUUGUAGUGUGGGACCAGGCCGCACUUGGCAGCAGUCUGCACUUAGUGUGGGAGGCAGAGGAGCAGGUUCCAUGGGCUUUGAAGCACGCUACCCAUCUGGGAGGCACGACAUUCCCUCACAGCUUGAACUAAACCGCGUGUGCUGCCAUCCCGCCAUGCUAACCAGGAGCUGGCAAGCACCUCUGGUACUGGACGUUUAUUGUGAUGUGAUGUUUAGGUCCUGUUAACAGUUUUUGCCCAGAUGGGAACCAUCUGACCCAAAAUCCAUGACUGCCAUGGUUUCUUCUUACACUUUUAUUUUUUCUGACAUGUCUAUGUUGCCCAGGCUGGCUUCAAAUUUCUGUGCUCAAGGGAUCCUCCCACCUCAGGCUUCUGGGUGCUGGGACUCAGGUCUCUAGCACACUGGCCUCACUGCCACACUCUUUAUAGCCGUGAGGGGUUUUUGUGACAGUCUCAUGCAACUGAUGACCGUGAGCUCCUGGUCUUCCCGCUCCCACCUCCCAGGGCUGGGAUACAGGAUGAAGUACCACACAAAGCCUGUGAGGCCUUAGGAACCGACCAAGGGCUUUGUUGUGCCAGGCAAGCGCUCUCCACCCAGGCUUUCUGGGUGCCACCUAGACUGGAGCACUAACACCUGGGUCCGCACCUUGACACCCUGCCAGUCUUUUCCUCGCCCCUUUUCUUUUUUGGCCUUUUUGAGACAGAGUCUCACUGAAUAGCCCAGGCUGGCCUGGAGUUCACUAUAUAGCCCAGGUUGGCUUUCAGUUCCUGGCAAUCCUGAAAAUUCUGCCACAGCCUCCUGGGUACGAGGAUUACAGGCGUGAGCCACUUUUUGAUGUGACCAAAAGUAGAGACACUUUCCCCUUCACUGGCACGGACUGUUCACCUUCUUCCUGUUCCUAUUCUCUCAACACAUGCUUUUCUUUGUUUUGUUAUUUUUAUUUUUUGUUUGCUUUUAAGGGAACAUUCUAAAGGAGGUGAAAAGCUAAAGGGUGGCCGCUUGGCCCCUCCCUCCGGUGUCUUAAUUUUCAGGCUGUCGCAGUCCCUGAGGACCUUAUGUGUUUGCUACCUCCACUGUGUUGCACUAAACCAUCUGUAGCCAGCAGUGGCUGCCUUCUUUAGGUCAUGGGUCGUAAGAUACUUACUACUGCCUAGUCCUGGGAGACCAGGAGAUCUGCAUCAAGAUAGUGAGCUGGGUUUGGCUGUCGUGUGUACAUCUGUAACUUACUGUAAAUGCAUGAAGCAUUGUUUUUAAGCCCAAGUAAAGACUG